GCAUUUUAAAGCGAGGGAAAGGACCAACUUCGUUGAAGUGCAUUUCUUCCCCAACAACCUUCCUUUGGAACGGCUAUAAUAAGGGCACCAGCGUCUUUUCACGGAAAAAUUUGAACAAAUGUUGAGCAGGAGGGACCUUUUCGUCAUUUAAUGAAUAUAGACAGAGACGGGUAGAGAGAGAAAGAGAGAGCAGGGCAGGAGGAAGAGAAGUAGAGAGAGAAAGAGAGAGAAAGAGAGAGACGUUUCUUUUGUGUGUCCGUUUUUUCAGUUUAAGUAUUAUAUGAAGGAGGAAGCAUGGUGUCGGACCAAGAAAUAGCAAGAGGGGUGGAGGCCUUGCUCCGGCAGGCCGAUCCCAACUCCAUCACCACCUUAAACGGUGUCGUGCAGCAGCUGGAAGCCAAGCUAGGGCUCGACCUCUCCCAUAAAGCUGGCUUCAUCAGGGAUCAGAUCAACCUCCUCCUCCGCCCCCAACAAACCCAGACUCAACCCCCUCCAAAGGACCAUUUUACCCUCCAACAUUAUCCACAAUUCCCUUCGCAUCAACACCAACAACUUCCUCCCCAUUUUGCCCUCCAACAUCACUCACAAAUCCCUUCCCACGACCUUAACUUCCGCCAGCACCCUCUGCAGCGUCACCCGCAGCCGCAUGCUCCGUUUACUGCUCAACAACUGGCGCAGGUUCAACCCCAAUUGCAGCAGCAACAGCAACAGCAACAGCUGCAGCCGCAGCCGGCUGUCACGAAAGCCGAAGUUUUCUCCCAAAAUGCCGCCACCGUUGCCACCACAGAAGUGCCUAAAGAAAGUGCUCCGGUGGGAGCCAAAAGAAGAGGUGGACCAGGGGGCCUGAACAAAGUUUGUAGUGUUUCACCAGCACUUCAAGCCAUAGUUGGUGAGCCAGCUUUGCCAAGGACUGAGAUUGUCAAGCAGCUGUGGGCAUAUAUAAGGAAGAAUAGCCUGCAAGAUCCAAGUAACAAGAGAAAGAUAAUUUGUGAUGAUGCCUUACGCUUGGUGUUUGAGACCGACUGCACUGACAUGUUCAAGAUGAACAAACUGCUGGCAAAACAUAUUAGCCCACUUGAGCCUUCAAAGGAGUCCAGUCAAACUAAACGAGUGAAAGUAAAUGUUGAGCCCACAACUGAGGGUGUUGAGCCAAGUCCCAAUCCUGUAACAAUAUCUGAAGCGCUUGCCAAGUUUUUGGGUGGAGGAAGGGAUAUACUAGCGGCUGAGGCUGAAAAACGUGUUUGGGAGUACAUAAAGAUUAACCACCUGGAGGUUGGUGGCUGGGGCACAAGCAGGGGGCAUGGGACCUUGGUAACCCGGUUAUCUCUGACGGUAGAACAGAAUAGUGAAGACCGUUCUCUUUUCUACUUGUUCUUUAAUGUUGUUUAAUUUUUUUUUUUUUUUGUGCAUUGACUUCUUUAGAUGAGAAGCUUUACACAAGUUGCUUGUUUAUGGUCAGAAUGAAAAUGUAGCAAGGGGAUAUUUUGUAGUUAUGCCUUUAGCCUGAAUGUAGGUGUACUUGUUUAUUUUGUUGUUGACCUGUCUUUCGAUGCUAACAUCAAACUAAACUGGAGGAAGUUGUAAUGGAAAUAUAAGUUGUUUUAACUUGUCAGGCAGAAGGAUAAUAAUAUGCAUUGAGUUACAUAGUUGAGUUAACAUUUAAUAUGAUGUCUAUGUAAAU